UCGAAUUUCUGAGUGACUGCGUAUCAAUCGUCGUAAGCAGCCCGAGUAUCAUAUGACUGGCCAUACAUAAAUGAAAAGCCGGCAUGGACCAAAAGAGGGCAAAAGAAAGGGAAGAAAGAAAGAAUUGAACUUGUGAGAGAUGGCGAAUGAGCUGACUCACCGAGUGGUUCGAACGAACGGCAUCGACAUGCACGUGGCAGAGCAAGGGAGUGGACCUUUGGUUCUUCUCAUCCAUGGAUUUCCGGGGCUGUGGGCCUCUUGGAAGAAUCAAAUAGCUGAAUUGGCCAAACAUGGUUACCAUGUGGUGGCACCUGAUAUGAGAGGCUACGGAGACACUGAGUCGCCUACCGAUCCGACCUCCUACUCCAUCUUCCAUCUCGUGGGCGAUCUCGUUGGCCUUCUCCAAGUACUGGGCCAUCAGCAGGCCUUUGUUGUGGGACAUGACUGGGGUGCUGUAGUUGCUUGGCACCUUUGCCUCUUUAGGCCGGACAUGGUCAAAGCACUUGUUAAUUUGGGUGUACCAUUCUGGCCACGUUCGCCAAAUAUCAAGCCCAAGACACUAAGGCAGAAGUUUGGAGACGGUUUCUACAUUUCUCAAUUCCAGGAACCUGGAAGAGCAGAGAAGGCUUUCGGUCUCUACGAUCACUUGACACUUAUGAAAAAGUUUCAUUUGAUUGAUAAGCCUGAUCUAAUCGCUCCUCCUGGAAUGGAGAUAAUCGAUUUCCUUGACACCCCAUCGUCUUUGCCUGCAUGGAUUACUGAGGAAGAACUCCAAUACUUUGCUAGCAAGUUUCAAAAAUCAGGCUUCACGGGACCCUUGAAUUACUACCGUGCCAUGGACCUGAAUUGGGAGCUGCUUGCACCCUGGCAAGGAUCAAAGAUUUCGGUUCCAACGAAGUUCAUAGCUGGUGACAAAGACAUUGGGUUUCAUUCCUUUGGCAUAAAGGAUUAUAUCAUGGGAAGUGAUUUCAAGAGAUGUGUGCCCAACGUUGAAGUCGUCGUGAUCGACGGUUAUCACUUCAUCCAGCAAGAGAAAGCAAAAGAAGUGACGAAUGAAAUUCUAUCCUUUUUGGCUAAUUUUUCUAAUGUAUGAUAUUGAGUAUUCUAAUUAAAAUUAUCAAAAUAAAAAAGUAAAUUCUAGAAAUUCUACAUUAUGGAACUCCUUCACCACAAUGGCGGUAUAUAUGUUAUCUAACGGGACUUCAAUAUUCGAUGGUUAAGAUCAAUUUCCUUCCUUUUUAAGAGUGUGUUGGGAUCGAUGCACUAUCAAACUAAUUAUUAUUCAUAGUACUUGAACUUCAAGAGACUACUUUUCA